CGUAGAUUUGGGUGUGGAGUUCAUGCCUUUAGAUUUUCUCAUUUUCUCUAUAGUAAUUUUCAAUUUCCUGUUCUUAGGACAAAAAGAAAAUCAAAAGUCUCUUGGUAUAGUGGGUACUAUUCCUGAGACGAGGAUUAACCUUGUGGUGAACCUCGUUAAAAAUCCCGAUGUCCCUUAAUUUUCUGCACUUCUCUUCUUACGUGCUUUCUUUUCUCCUAGUAGAGGUGGGAAUUGGAUCGGAUUCGUGGAUUCGUGGAUCGAAUCCAAAUGGAUUCAUGGAUUCGUGGAUCGGAUCCAAUGGAUUCGUGGAUUCGUGGAUCGGAUCCAAUAGAUUCUUGGAUUAAACUUCCCUCGUUCAGGGGUUAUGGAGAAAGCUAUAAUCCAAAAGGCUGAAACUGUGUGCCUGUCUGCAAAAUGGAAAGAACGACGUCCCAUUCCAGACCCUAAGUACAAUACAAGCUGAAAGUGACAAACUGUUGUCAUAUCUACAACUUCCUCUUCUCCGAAGCUCAUCUCAUGUAUGCAUACUCUUUUUGACCCGUAGCAGUCCAUCUCAUAUAUUUAUCAAAAUACCCAUUAAUCUUGUUUCUUCUUCCAACCACCAACAAUAUGUCUUGCCAAAAUUUAUUGGAGAUGCUACUUUCAGUGAAAGAACCAAUUUUGAUGUUGGUCCUCUUAACAUUCACAAUGCAAAAAUGAUAACAAAUAAUGAAGAGGAAGAAAGCUUGGAGUCUACUACAUGAAACACAAUAUAUCAAAUUUUCACACAGGAGUAGAGCUAAAAGUCAUUGAAGAUGUUCCGACCGCCUUUGAAAUUUCCACCUCGAGUCCAUUAUCACGAUCAUCACCUUCAUCAAGCAAUUCAAAUGUUACUAAAUAAACUGUAUUAGAUUAAAUUAUUAUCAAAUAAACUAUAUCUUUAAUUAGCUUACUUGGAAAUCCAUAUAGCCAAUUGUGUGUGGUAAUCAAAGCUUCGGCAUUUUUCAGGCAAAAGAGAGCUUCGCAAGUUGCUUAGAACUCUACCUCCCAUACUGAAAGCCGACUCUGAAGCUACAGUAGUGAUAGGAAUGCUCAAAACAUCUCUAGCCACACAAGCAAGCUGUGGGAAUCGAGAUUCAUUCGUCUUCCACCAUAAAAGAACAUCCAACGGUUGUUUGCGAUUGAGCCUUUUACAAUCCAGAUAUUCAUCUAAUUGUGUCCUAUCACUCAAGAAUUGAAUUUCCCCAAAUGAAUCGAACUCCUGUGAAACAAAAACUCAUUUUAGUAAUACAAAUGCAUUAAGAUAAAGAUAAUUAGAAAAGUAAAUUUACUUACAUCCAUAUCAUCUUCAUAGCUUAUAUCUUCAUCAAUAGACUCAGCAAGUGAUGAUGAUUGAUCAGUAGAGUCAUUGUACUCCUUUAAUAGAUCACAUAUCUUUCCUCGACGCUCAAGACAUUUUGUUUUAGCAACAGCUUGACCAUAUAGCUUCUCAUAACAAAAUUUCACAAAACCAACAUAUACCGUGGAUCAAAGACCACAACUAUGGACAAAAUUGUACUGUAGGACUCCCAAUACUUAUCAAACUUGCCAUUCAUCGCUAGAGCCAUACGACAAAUAUCACUAUCCUCACUUUCACAUGCAUUCAUCAACCGCAUUUGAAUCCUCCACACAUUACAGAAAUACAGGUUAGAAGUAGGAUAAGGGACCCCAGAAAAAAGCUUCGUGAUGUCAUUAAAAUGCUUCAAAAUCUUGGUGAUUUUCUCAAUCUUGUCCCAUUCUACAUCUGACGAGCAUCUAUCAAAAUUUCUGUCAACCAACUUCAUAUGUUAAAAAGCACGAUGAUAAAGAUCCGCUCUUUCAAGCAUCAUGUAUGUAGAGUUCCAUCUGGUUGGACAAUCUAACCAUAAUCCUUUUGAACUCAGAAGAAUGCUUCUCUUUGCACAAUCUUCAAAAACUAUCCUUCGAGAUUCAGACCCCUUGACAUACUUCACUCUCCCUAAUAACAUCUAUAGAUGAACGAAUCUCUUUUAAUCCUUCGUUCGCAAUCAGGUUCAAAACAUGAGCACCACAACGAAAUGAAAAUAAUCCCCAUUACCUACUGAUGUCCCAUCUUCUUUCAAUUGGUCGAGUAAAAGACCUUGCAUGACAUCAUUGCACCUAGCAUUGUCCAAUGUAAUCGAGAAUAUUUUCUUCUCAAUUUGCCACUCUCUCAACAAAUCAUAUAUUGCAUGGUACAAAACAAUAGCAGAAUGUGGAGGAGGAACAUGAAAAAAACUUAGGAUCUUAGUAUUUAACUUCCAAUGAGAAUCCACAUAAUGUACCGUCAAACAAAGAUAGGCUUCAGUAGCACAAGAAGUCCACAAAUCACAAGUCAAAGAAAUCCUACCAGGAACCCCACUCAAAAGAGCUUCCAGCUUCUCUUUUUCCCUCUUAUGAAUCUUCAAACAAUGAGACUUAGCAGUGUUCCGAGUAAAUGACUUGAAAUCAUCAUUUAAAUAAGCCAUCAACAUUCUGAAGUCCACCAUGCUCAACAACUGAAAAUUCAUAUCCAUGUUUUAUUAUAGCCAUAGCCAUUAGCUCCUUAAACUCAUUUUGAACUAUUGUCUUUGACUUUCCAGCACUAGGUAUAGGCACUUCGAUUGCUUUUUUUGCCAAUUUUCCAACACACUUAUGGAUAUGGCGAGAGGGAUUAGAAAUACCUUUACCAUCCACAUAACUCUUUGGACAAUUCUUGCAUUGUGCUCUUGGUACCUUGUCGGGAAAGUGAUUUGCGGAAAUAAAAUCGAAAUCUGCCCACACCUUGGAAGUUCUUUUUCGCUUUUUAUAACCACAUGUACGAUCUGUAGACGUAGACAUCGUUGCUACAUCAUCAUCACCACCAUCACUACCAUCCCUACCAUCACCAAUUUCCAUGGUAUUUCUUUCUUGUGUUGACAUCCUGAAAUCAAUCCAUGUAAUGAAAUCACAAUUAAAUGAAAUUGUAACCAACUGAAACAAGAGGAAAUGAAAUGAAAUGAAAUCACAAUCAACUUAAUCCUUAUCCAAAGCAUAAGCAUAAGCAAGAGAAGGACAUAAAGCACACAGUCAUUAGGGUGAAGACAAAUUACCUACAAUAUCUUGCUCAUAGUGAAUUGUUUCCAUUAGCCAGGUAACUUGUGACAACUAAGUUUUGUUGCUAAACAAACACAUUCUGAUGGUUCCAAAACUGACCAAAUAUUCCUGAAAAACAUCAUGGGAAAAAAGAACUCGGUUUAUUAUUUGUUGUUUAUUCCCUUCCAAUUCCAGGGAGGACAAAGAGAAGAGAUAGUAAACCGUAAAAUAGCUUACCUAACAAACUUGUCCCUUUGACCAAGCAGCUACCAGGUCUUUACCCCAAUCUUCGGAGCUCUAUACAUCACCUGCAAGUUAGUAAGAAAUGGAUUUCGAUUAACUUAUGAGAAAAAAUGGUAAAUUGUAUCCUCUUUUCUAUGUCCUAAUUUCACAUCCAAACUUAAAAGUUUUUCAUACAAUCAUGUCUACUAUAACAUGAUUCACUAAACUGGAGAAUCACAGAUAACAUUCCUACGCCAGUAUGAAUAACUACAUGAUCAUGGUAUUUCUUUCUCUUUGUAUAAGUUAUAGCAACCUAGGACAUGGGAACCAACUAAAGAAGAUUCAAGUUCCAUAACCAUAAAUCCCUAAACAGAGAGUGUAAGAUUCUCAGCAAAAGUAACUUAAAAAAUAAAGGGCAUGGUUCACCCUGCCAACAACAACAUCGCCCGGUUUUCUACUUCUUCAAUAAGGCAGCACAAGGAAUCAACUAAAGAAGCAAUUGAAACCGAUAGUAAAGAGGAGCCUCACCUCUCUGGUGCUUAUAUCCGUAGUCUUGUCAAGCAAUUCCAAAGAUCUUUCUCCUCCGGUUGCUGCCAAUUUGGAUAGAGGAUGGUUAAGUGGUGGUGAAAACCAGCAAGCCCAGAUUCCAAACUAAGCUGAACUUUCAGUAUUUUGAUCAAUCCCAAAAAAUAAGAUUACGCAAGAAAGAAAGGGCGCUAGGGUUUCGCUGAAGAUCAUCAAGGUAAGAAAAGGCGCUUGGAGGGAAAAUCAAGGCCAAACUCCAUAGUCAUCUCGAUCCGCAGGUUGCAUCUUAUCGGUUAGUCCAGCUUCAUCAUCUGCACAAGGGUCGAUUUCGCACGAUGGGUUCUCAAAUGGAAGAGCCAAGCAGUGGAGAUUUCGUCGGCGCUAGAGGAGGGUUCAAUUCGCAGGAUGGUUUCACAAAUAGAAGGGCCAGGCAGCGGAGAUUUCGCCGGAGCUGGAGGAGGGUCGAUUCGCAGGAUGGGAGUUGCGAUGUUGGGUCUGAUUCAGACUCAGGGGAGAGGAACAUAUUGGAGUUGUUCAAUCACAGAGGAGGGAAAGAAGAUUCGAUUGGGACGGCGGCAGGAUGGAUUUGGACAUGGAGAGCAGGCGGUGGAGAGGUCGUCGGCUCUGCUCUUCAGAGAGGUCGCCGGCUCUGCUCUUCGUCGUCGCCUCGUCGGAGAGAAUUUUUUUAUGGGAUCGGAGAGAAUAUUUAGAGUAGGAGUCGACAGUACUAAAAGUCUAAGAGCAGGGGGUUUUUUCAUAUUAGGAUAUAUUAUAAAAUGAUUAAAGAAAAUAAUAUGUGUUAAUGGAUUGGUGGAUCAAUCCAUUAAUCCAUGAGUCCAAUCCACCAAUCCAUGAAUCAAAUGGAUAUGGAUAUAAUGGAUUUGGACCAACUUAAAUGGAUUUGAUUGGAAUGGAUAAAUGGAUUUGGAUCUCACUUGCCACCUUUAGCUCCUAGUCCUAUGUUUCUCUCUUCUAGUGAAAUAGUUUGGUUGUUCUGAAGAACUUCACAACUAGUGUUGUUGGCCCUGAAAAACGAGAUUCUUUAGGCCUCCGUUAAUACAAUGUACCGGUUCACCACUCUUUAUAGUGACUAGGCCGUAUAGGUUGUGUUCAUCCCAUUACCAACCUCACUGUCUUUCAGAAAAGUGAAUCGUCACUCCAUCGUCAACUCCUUGUUUCUUUUCCCUUAUUAUUCACCAUUCUUUUAGUCUUCCUUAUUCAUUUGGUCUAACAAACCCUAGAGUUUUAAUUAAUCUCUUUUCGUCUCUCAAUUGGUAUCAGAGCUUCCACUUGAAGGAGUCACUACUGCCAAGGAAGAUCCUGUCAAUGGCUUCCUCAACCUUUGGACAUGCGUCCUAGUCCUACAACCAUCCUGUCAUUUUCACUGGUUCGAACUAUACAUCAUGAAAGAAAAGAAUGAAGACAUUUCUUUGGGGAUUUGACGAAGAUCUCUGGACUUUUGUUCAUGACAGACCAGUAGCAAUGAAUGUCGAAGAGCAAAAUCUCUUGUCAAUGCACACACUCCAAUCAGCCAUGGCUCCUGACGAGGACGAUAAAGUGGAGCAGUGUGAAACUGCUAAGGAAAUUUGUCGGUCCCUCGAGAUUACUUAUACAAGAACCUCUAGCAUCAAAGAGACUCUCAUCAAUUUUGCAGGUGCAUGAAUACAAGUGCUUCGACAUAAAUCCAGGUGAGGGCAUCCACAAAAAAGUACUCUCAGUUCACUAUUUUAUUAAAUGAAGUCAAGGGUCUAGGGAAAAUGUUUCUUCCCAAAGAUCUAAAUCGAAAAAUCUUGAGAUCUUUGCCUAAAGACUAAAGAGUGGUUACCUAAGAAAACAGCUAUUGGAGAAGUAUGAAAUCUAACUACUUUUCAUGGUGAUGAAUUGAUUGGCUCGCUGUUAAGUAACGAGCAUGUCACUAAGCAAGUAGGAAAAGAUGACGAGAAGCAUAAAAUAUCUCUAUCUUUUAAAUCAUAUAUAUGUUACAGAGUAUGAAUCUGAUAAUGAACAAGAUUUUGAUAGGAAAUUUGUUUUGGUUAGCAAUAAGCUCCACACUUGGUAAAGUACAAUAAUGAACAUAAACAUAGACCACAUGAUAGUCAUCGAAAAGACUAUACUACUCGUACUAACUCUUUUGACAAAGUUAAAAGCUCGUUCCAAGAUAUGUUGCGUUCCUAGCUGAUUAAACAUUUUGAUGCAGGAAACCAGGUAAAGGAAAUACAACGAUAUUACAAGUGUGGAAAACCUGGCCACAUUUAAUUGUCCCUUCACCUUGAAGGCAAAAGAAAGGAUGAAAUCCUCUUGGAGAUAUUAUGAUUUUGAGGGAGAAGAGGGACAAGGAGAUGAUUCAGAUGAGGAUGCCUACAUGGCAUGACCCAUCCGACGUAGUUAGAUUUCAUAUCAACUGCAAAAUUCAGUUCAAAACAUCUAUUUUUCUAGGAAUAUAAAAUUACCAAUGAAUUAUAUAUUUUUGUGUCCAAUUAUUGCAUAUUUUUAACACGUUAGACAAAUCUCAUAUCUACAAAGUACGGGGUAGAUAUAUGAUUCAUAAGAAACAUUCUCAAGCUUAACCGACAAGAUCCGUUUAUUUAUGAAAUGGAGGAGUUCUUGUAAGAAAUCUAAAGUUACACA